UCAGUCUGACAGAGAGAGAUUCAGCGCAGAGUUCCCGACAUGAGCGACAGUGCAGCCGCCGAAACGGCUCCUCCAGCCUCCGGCAGCACCAAACCCAAGUCUCCAAAGAAGAAGAAGGCGGCGGCUCCCAGGAAGAAACCAGCCGGUCCCGGGUUGGGCGAGCGGAUUGUGAAGAUUGUCGGGGAGAACAGCGAUCGGAAGGGGACGUCUCUGGUCGCUAUAAAGAAGGCGCUGCAGAGAAGCGGGGUCAAUGUGGAGAAGCAAAAUGCACAAAUCAGGAUGGCGACCAAGAGGUGCCUGGCGAAAGGCUCCCUGGUUCUGGUGAAGGGCCAGGGCGUCUCCGGCUCCUUCAAACUCGCAAAGAAUCCAGUCAAGGCAAAAGUGGGAAAGAAGGCGAGACCAGCAGCAGCCGCCAAGAAAGCAGCCGUGAAGAAAACAACGGCCAAGAAGGUGGCAGCGAAGAAGUCCCCAGCCAAGAAAGCAACCGGCAAGAAAGCGGGCGGCAAGAAGGCAGCAACGCCGAAGAAACCGGCGAAGAAAGCAGCGCCGAAGAAAAAGACUCCCGUGAAGAAGGUGAUAAAGACCAAGAGCCCCAAGGCCGCAAAGCCGGCCCCGAAAUCGAGGAAACCGAAGGCCAAGCCCAAAGCGAAAGUGACCAAGAAAGCAGCAAAGAAAUGAAGCAGUCCGUGUAACAUGUAACAAACUGAACCCAAAGGCUCUUCUCAGAGCCGCCACAUCUUUCAGGAGAGAGCUGAGCCUGGAUCGAAUGAUCCCUGAAAUAACAUGGUGCAGAGCUGGAUGACCAUAACAGGCCAAGCAGCAUCAGAGGAGCAGGAAAGCUGACGUUUCAGGCCCAGAUCCUUCUUCCUGCUUCUCUGGUGCUGCUUGGCUUGCUCUGUCCAUCCGACUCUACACCUUGUUAUUUCAGAUUGUCCAGCAUCUGCAAUUCCGUCUAUCUCUCAAAUGAUCCCUGUCCCGGAUCCGAGUGCAGACACAGCAUAAACUUGAAUUGAUUCGAGUAACUUAAAUAUCACAUUUCCGAGAGCAGAAACUGAGAAUGGGGAUGGUAUCACAUGGGGAGAGUCACUGGAACUGCAUCUGGCUAUUUCAUACCGCGACUUGUAAUUCUGCCCAGACACAAAUCUUACAUAAUGCAGGAAAUGCAUCUCAUUAACCCUUCCAGGAAUGUUAAUUUGUUUAAUUUUGAUGAUAGGACCUCUGGCGAUGUUUUAACGGUGUAUUCCUCCCAUUUACCUGCGAAAGACAUUUCAGGCAGUAAUUACAAAUUGUGUUCGGAAUGUUUACAAUCUGGGAGAAAUAAACAUGUCCCGAAAAAAAGGGAUUUUGCAAUUAA